AUGACCAAGUCGACCACAGCUGGGACCUCGACUUCAAGCGCGACCUCAUCGUCCGGCGAUGAGGGCGGGGGCGGCGCGCACGUCCUGCUGGUGCCGCUGCCGGCGCAGGGCCACAUGAACCCGAUGCUCCAGCUCGGCCGCCGCCUCGCGUACCACGGCCUGCCCCCCACGCUCGCCGGCACGCGCUACGUGCUCUCCACGGGCCCACCCCCCGGCGACCCAUUCUGCGUCGCCGCCUUCUCUGACGGCUUCGACGCCGGCGGCAUGGCCUCCUGCCCGGACCCCGUCGAGUACUGCCGCAGGGCCGAGGCCGUGGGGUCCCAGACGCUGGCGCAGGUCAUUGCCGCCGAGGCGCGCGCCGGGAGGACGCCGUCAGUCAUGGUCUACGACCCGCACAUGUCCUGGGCGCCCCGGGUGGCCAAGGCCGCGUUCAUGUCGCAGUCGUGCGCCGUGGACCUCAUCUACGGCGAGGCCUGGGCGGGGCGCGCGCCGCUGCCCAUGGCCGACGGGAGUGCGCUGCGCCGCAGUGGUGCCGUGAGCGUGGACCUCGGACCGGAGGACCUGUCGCCGUUCGUGGUGUCGCCGGAGCUGUACCCGAAGUACCUGGACGUGUCGAUUCGGCAGUUCGAGGGCCUGGAAGACGCCGGCGACGUGCUCGUCAACUCCUUCCGUGACCUCGAGCCGCAGGAGGCCGAGUGCAUGGAGUCCAGGUGGCGCGCCAAGACUGUCGGCCCGACGCUGCCGUCCUUCUUCCUCGACGACGGCCGCCUACCGGCGAACAAGGCCUACGGCGUCAACUUCUUCAGCAGUGACACGCCGUGCAUGGCAUGGCUGGAUAGGCAGCCCCCUUGCUCGGUAGUCGUCGCGUCCUAUGGGACGGUCUACAGCCUCGACGCCGGCGAGCUUAACGAGCUUGGAAAUGGGCUCUGCGGUUCCGGCAAGCCUUUUCUCUGGGUCGUGAGGUCCAACGAGGCACAGAAGAUAUCUCAAGAGCUGCAUGGCAGGUGCAAGGAUAAUCGAUUGAUUGUGCCUUGGUGUCCCCAGCUUCAGGUUCUCGCGCAUAAGGCCAUACAUUGCUUUUUGACUCAUUGUGGAUGGAACUCAACGACAGAAGCACUUGUUACCGGUGUGCCGAUGGUGGUGAUGCCGAGGUCGGCUGACCAACCAACCACGGCAAAGUACAUGAAGAGCGCAUGGCGCAUCGGCGUGCGGAUCCGGACAGAUGAGAAAGGCUUGGUGAGGAGGGAGGAGGUGGAGAGGUGCAUCAGGAAGGUGAUGGAUGGGGAGGGAAAGGUUGAGUACCGCAAAAAUGCGACAAAAUGA